AUGUUCAGAUUGGUUGUCAGAUCAGAUUGGUUGUCAGAUCAGGUGGCCGAGUGGUUAAGGCGAUGGACUGCUAAUCCAUUGGGGUUUCCCCGCAGUGAGCAAUGUUCAGAUUGGUUGUCAGAUCAGGUGGCCGAGUGGUUAAGGCGAUGGACUGCUAAUCCAUUGGGGGUUUCCCCGCAUCAGGUGGCCGAGUGGUUAAGGCGAUGGACUGCUAAUCCACUGGGGUUUCCCCGCGUGGCCGAGUGUCUCAGAGUGAGCAAUGUUCCGGAUUGGUUGUCAGAUCAGGUGGCCGAGUGGUUAAGGCGAUGGACUGCUAAUCCAUGGGGUUUCCCCGCGCUAUAUUCUCCAAGAGAAGGAUGUUCUAUUCUGGGACCAUAUCAUAAGAGUGAGCAAUAUACCAAUUAUUGGUUGUCAGAUCAGGUGGCCGAGUGGUUAAGGCGAUGGACUGCUAAUCCAUUUGGGGUUUCCCCGCAUUGGUUGUCAGAUCAGGUGGCCGAGUGGUUAAGGCGAUGGACUGCUAAUCCAUUGGGGUUUCCCCGCAGUGAGCAAUAUUCCAAUUGGUUGUCAGAUCAGGUGACCGAGUGGUUAAGGCGAUGGACUGCUAAUCCAUUGGGGUUUCCUAUGGCCGAGUGGUUAAGGCGAUGGACUGCUAAUCCGUUGGGGUUUCCGCAUUGGUUGUCAGAUCAGGUGACCGAGUGGUUAAGGCGAUGGACUGCUAACCUAUUGGGGUUUCCCCGCGUGAGUUCGAAUCUCAUCCUGAUCGAAUUGUUUUGCUAG